CUUCUGUUGCAUCCUUUAUAUACAAGCUCUCUUUAGUUCCCAAUAGCUCUAGUCCUGAUCACCUCCACCUCCUCACAAGAAUAACCAGGACCACCACAAAAAACACCACCUUCGUCGACCACCACCACAAGAUUUGGCAUCAAAUGCAAUAAAUGAUGCUUGAGGGCGAGGAGAAACGGUUCAGACAGGCAAGUGUUGCUACUCUUUGGAAUGAAAGUCUCAUUUUGUAGCAUAAUUUGAGAUGUCCAACAUACCAACUUCUCUUUCUGAAGAAUGCCUUACCCUCUUCCGCUUAACCAUGUCUGUAGCAGACCCAUGGCCCUUUUCAAACCCCAUCACACUCUAACAUAGCACCACGUUUACAUCCUCGUAAAAAUUCGUAAAACGCUCACUUAUACCCACAAAAACUCCUCUUUUGGUUUUUCUUGUACUCUUAAUAUAUCAAAUGAUGAGAAAGAAUAGAGGUUUCAAGAUCGGCAAACGGUUUGUCCGGAUCUCAACUAGGAUCUUCAGUAGGACGCGGAUCCACCCACCGGGUUGCAACUCCAUAGGCCCAUCAGAAUCAACAUGCAGUUCGAAGUCAAAGUCCUUAUCGAAGAUCAUCAAUUGGGGCCGUCGUUUAACAAAAGGAGCUAAAUCAAUUUGCAGUGCAAAACCCCGGUCGGGUUAUAUACCCGUGGGUCAUGAACCGGCUUGUGAUAAACCUGUUCCAGUACCAAAAGGGCAUUUGGCUGUUUAUGUGGGUCAAAAAGAUGGUGAGUUUCAUAGAGUUUUGGUGCCUUUGAUUUAUUUUAAUCACCCUUUGUUUGGUGAAUUAUUAAGAGAAGCAGAAGAGGAAUAUGGUUUUGAUCAACAAGGUGGGAUUACCAUUCCUUGCCGGUUUGCGGAGUUUGAGAGGGUCCAAACCCGGAUUAAAUCGGGGUCAUGUGGAAGGAAGCUGACGUGGAAACGUAACCACCAUUGAGGAAGGCUUUUUUUUUCUUUAAUGACGACGACGGCGAUAGUAUUGUUUAGAUGGUGGUUAUGUUUGAAAUUUUUAUUUAGGCAGUGGCUUGCUCUUUUGUUUUUUGUUUUUUACUACUGUUUUCUCUCUCUCUCUCCCCCCUUUUUCUUUCUCUUCUUACCAAUACUUAUUGUAAUGGAUUUAUACGUUUAAAUUGGUAGAGAAUUUGUCCUUC